AGCGGCGGCGGCGGCGGCGGCGGCGGCAUUGUGCGCGCACCAGCAGCCCGGCCGGGAGGAGCAGGACGCGCCGGGCCGCCUCCGCCCGCACGGACCCAUGAGCCAGCCGGGCGGCGCGGCGGCUCCGCAGGCUGACGGAGCCAGUGCAGCUGGAAGGAAAAGCACAGCGAGCAGGGAGCGCUUGAAGCGCAGCCAGAAGAGCACCAAGGUGGAGGGGCCAGAGCCCGUGCCCGCCGAGGCCUCGCUGAGUGCCGAGCAGGGGACAAUGACGGAGGUGAAGGUGAAGACAGAGCUGCCCGACGACUGCAUCCAGGAGGUGAUCUGGCAGGGCGAGGCCAAGGGGGAGAAGAAGGCAGCCGGCCAGGACGGCACCGGCGACGUGCCUGCCGAGAUCUGCGUGGUGAUCGGCGGCGUCCGCAACCAGCAGACCCUCGGGUCCUAUGAGUGUGGGAUCUGCGGCAAGAAGUACAAGUAUUACAACUGUUUCCAGACGCACGUGCGGGCGCACCGAGACACCGAAGCCACCUCAGGGGAGGGAGCCUCCCAAGGCAACAAUUUCAGGUACACGUGUGACAUCUGCGGGAAGAAGUACAAGUACUACAGCUGUUUCCAAGAGCACCGCGACCUGCACGCAGUGGAUGUGUUUAGUGUGGAAGGGGCCCCCGAGAAUCGGGCAGACCCCUUCGACCAAGGUGUCGUGGCCACCGACGAGGUGAAGGAGGAACCCCCGGAACCAUUCCAGAAAAUCGGGCCAAUGAACAAUAUCACAUCAGACAUUUUUAAGAAGAAAGAAGUUAGGCAGUGCCAAAGGAGAGAAACUGGCAAUUACACCUGUGAGUUCUGCGGAAAGCAGUACAAGUACUACACGCCCUACCAGGAGCACGUGGCCUUACAUGCCCCCAUCAGUACCGCCCCCGGGUGGGAGCCACCGGACGAUCCAGACACGGGCUCCGAGUGUUCACAUCCGGAGGUCUCCCCGUCUCCACGCUUCGUGGCAGCGAAGGCCCAGACGAACCAGUCGGGGAAAAAAGCUCCGGCCUCCGUGGUCCGAUGCGCCACCCUCUUACACCGCACCCCUCCAGCCACCCAAACCCAGACGUUCCGCACUCCAAAUUCGGGAUCUCCGGCAAGCAAGGCGACCGCAGCAGAAAGCGCUUUCAGUCGGAGAGUAGAAGGCAAAGCACAAAACCACUUUGAAGAGACGAAUAGCAGUUCCCAAAACUCCAGCGAAACUGCAAGUCCCCUGAUUUCCAAUCCUUUCCCUCUCCUACAGAAACCCUACACCUGCGGCGCCUGUGGCAUCCAGUUCCAAUUCUACAGCAACCUGCUGGAGCACAUGCAGUCCCACGCAGCGGACAAUGAGAACAACAUGGCCUCCAACCAGUCUCGGUCACCGCCUGCCGUUGUGGAGGAGAAGUGGAAACCCCAGGCCCAGAGGAACAGUGCCAACAACACCACGACUGGUGGUUUAACACCCAACAGCAUGAUCCCUGAGAAGGAGCGGCAGAACAUCGCAGAGCGGCUGCUGCGGGUCAUGUGCGCCGACCUGGGCGCGCUGAGCGUGGUGAGUGGGAAGGAGUUCCUGAAGCUUGCCCAGACGCUGGUGGACAGCGGCGCCCGCUACGGGGCCUUCUCGGUCACCGAGAUCCUGGGCAACUUCAACACACUGGCGCUGAAGCACCUGCCGCGCAUGUACAACCAGGUGAAGGUGAAGGUGACGUGUGCCUUGGGCAGCAACGCCUGCCUGGGCAUCGGCGUCACCUGCCACUCGCAGAGCGUGGGCCCCGACUCCUGCUACAUCCUCACGGCCUACCAGGCCGAGGGCAACCACAUCAAGAGCUACGUGCUGGGCGUGAAGGGCGCGGACAUCCGUGACAGCGGCGACCUGGUGCACCACUGGGUGCAGAACGUGCUGUCGGAGUUCGUGAUGUCGGAGAUCCGGACGGUGUACGUGACGGACUGCCGGGUGAGCGCGUCCGCCUUCUCCAAGGCCGGCAUGUGCCUUCGCUGCUCAGCCUGUGCCUUGAACUCGGUGGUGCAGAGCGUGCUGAGCAAGCGGACGCUGCAGGCCCGCAGCAUGCACGAGGUCAUCGAGCUGCUCAACGUGUGUGAGGACCUGGCGGGCUCCACGGGCCUCGCCAAGGAGACCUUCGGGUCGCUGGAGGAGACCUCGCCGCCGCCCUGCUGGAACUCGGUCACGGACUCCCUGCUGCUGGUCCACGAGCGCUACGAGCAGAUCUGCGAGUUCUACAGCCGGGCCAAGAAGAUGAACCUCAUCCAGAGCCUCAACAAGCAUCUGCUCAGCAACCUGGCGGCCAUCCUGACGCCCGUGAAGCAGGCAGUCAUCGAGCUGAGCAACGAGAGCCAGCCCACCCUGCAGCUUGUGCUGCCCACCUACGUCAGGCUGGAGAAGCUGUUCACGGCCAAGGCCAACGACGCGGGCACCGUCAGCAAGCUGUGCCACCUCUUCCUGGAGGCGCUCAAGGAGAACUUCAAGGUGCACCCGGCACAUAAGGUGGCCAUGAUCCUGGACCCGCAGCAGAAGCUGCGGCCCGUCCCGCCCUACCAGCACGAGGAGAUCAUCGGCAAGGUGUGCGAGCUCAUCAACGAGGUGAAGGAGUCCUGGACCGAGGAGGCUGACUUCGAGCCUGCGGCCAAGAAGCCCCGCUCCGCCGCCAGCGAGAACCCCGCAGCUCAGGAGGACGAUCGGCUUGGGAAGAGCGAGGUGUACGAUUACCUGCAGGAGCCCCUCUUCCAGGCCACCCCUGAUCUCUUCCAGUACUGGUCGUGCGUGACCCAAAAGCACACGAAACUCGCCAAGCUGGCCUUCUGGCUCCUUGCGGUUCCAGCCGUGGGGGCCAGGAGCGGGUGUGUAAAUAUGUGUGAACAGGCACUUUUAAUCAAAAGGAGACGACUGCUCAGUCCAGAAGACAUGAACAAACUCAUGUUUCUGAAAUCCAACAUGCUUUAAGGCAUUACCUGGGAACAAAUUGAGAAAGAGAGGAAAAGGAAAAAAAAAAAAGAGAACGUUAGGAAAAAAAAAAACACACAAAACACUGUCGCAAACAAAGAAAAGGAAUUUAAGUUCUAAACACUGUGGACCUCAUUAUAAAUGCCCCCUGGAAACGAAGUGCUUUUUUCACUGUGUGUGUGUGCACGUGUGUGCACGUCCGCCCGCGCGUGCGUACGUGUUUGAGCGUGUGUGCCGCUGAUGCGGGCGUGGGGCCUCCUUGCUCGUCUGCGUGGCCGCAGAAGCUUCGUGCACACGUGCACACACAUACAGCCCUGGUGCAUGUGCGCACGCCUGCUUGUGUGCAUUAAACUGGGUGUGUCAGGAAAGCUGAGUGUUAGGGAAGGAGGGAAGACCCUUCACCUCCUUUUCAUGGUAAGGGGGCUUUAAAGAUUCCAUUUUCAGGUGUGCAGAUUGGUGGAAAGCUGAUGCUGUAAUGUGUUCAGGCAGCUGAGUUCUGGAGUGACUUGAUACUCCCUGUCCUUCAGCCCGUGGUCCCUCCAUCCCCCUCCCCCGAGCCCCCCCCCGCCCCUCCUGCACCCCGCCCCUCCCGGCUGCUCUGCCAUGGAUUCUCCAGACUGCAUCAGAUGGACAGUUUCUGCACUGGACUCUGUUCUUCUCACCUUCAGGGCAUUGAGCUGCUGCCUUCGAGACACCCUGGGGUGCCCCGGGGCAGCCGCCUUAGAAACACACCUAUCUAUCUCCCCAAAUCAGGAAAGGAGACUUGAAGAAUAUAAAGCUGACGUUUUGCUUUUUAAUAUAAGAUAGAAAACACAAAAGACAUUUUUGAGAGAAGUAUAGAGACUGUCUCCACUCCUUAAUAAUUUUUUUUCCUAACAUUUGAGCAGUUUUCACCUUUUUUUUUUGGUUUGUUUUUUCAAAUUUGAUUUAGACUCUGUUAGGAGGCACUGAAUGUCUGUAAUUUAUGUUUUGGAGGUUUUUUUUUUUUUAAUUGCCCUCUUUGUUCCUCAAGUCACACUGUAAACUAGCUCAUCUCAGUGGUAUAUUCAGUAUCCUAAGGAUUUUAUUAGCCUUCCCUGUACAGUCCGGUUUCCAUGCGUUUGAACGGCCAAGGCUAUGAACUUGGCUGUGCCGUUUGGAGACCAGGAGGGGGUUGGAGUCAGGUUCACAGAGGUGGGCUUGGUGGAAGCCAUAGGGAAGCACGUGGCUUAGGAGUUGUCUUGAAUGUAAGCGAAGACCCACCCUCCUGGCUCGCCGUGUCUGGUACCGUGAAUGUCCGAUUCUGUACCCAGAGUGCAUUACACUACUCGCCACAUCACUGACCUUCCAACUCAGCAGGGACUCCUGAGUCGAUCCAUGUUCAUGUCCGUCACACCUCGGACCCUCGGCAUCCUCUCCCUUCCCAGGACCCCAGGGGUUCCCGUGGUCCCAUUGCCCACAGCCCUGGGGGUCCCCAUGAGCCUGCGCCUCCCUCCAGGACAGUAGUUGAGCAUGGUGCCUUUUGGGCCAAAUAAUGGAUGUCUGGAGGGUGGGAGGGCAUCAGGCUACGUUCACCUUGACGCCGUCAAAGAGGUUUUCAGGCUUUUCUCUCCAGGAGCAAUUGAAGUUCUACACUCUCAGUGCAAAUGCCGAGAGGGGGACCCCUUCCGCUCCCAAGAGGUGGUUCCCUUGGGGUCAGUGCCCACCCCCAACCCACCUCCUGGCGAAUGAAGUGCUGGUGGUCCCACAUCCCCCCGGUGCCUGUGGAGGUGGGAUAGAGAUGGUUACACCAAAGGCUUCUGGCUGAGAAGGACCACUAUCGUGGGGGGCUCUUUGCAGCAAAGAGGCACAUUCUGCCAUCCUGGGGGCUAAGUCCACUCCACCCCUUCCUAGUAAUAAAGCAUUACUCAACUGUGAGAUACCUCGACUUCAAAAGCACUGUACAACUGCCCUCCCCCAGGUCCAUGGCAGGAAAGUUGGUGUAAAAACUCAAGAAAGCUUAGGAUCGUGGACCAGAGCACUGUCCCAGGUGCCAAGUCUGCUUGCUUUGCUUUAUGAGAACCAACCCUCCGAGUCUUGGACGUUUUGAAAGGCAUCCAAGUGAAAAGCAAGCCGUGGUCUCAGGAACCACCAUGCCCUUUCCUCUCCUGGAGAAGUUCUAGAUACUUCCUCCACAACAUUUCCAGCUGGGGUCACGUCAUCAGAAGAGCCACCAUCGGCACUGGACAGUCACCUGAUGUCACUUCCUAGAGAGUAUGGGAGCAUCAGCAGACUUGUGGAUCAGACCUUUAGGGGCAUUCCAGAAGGUGGCUGCGGGGGUGCUUAUGAGUGACAGGUGCCGACAGCAAAAGGUCCCCCAGCUUUGCUUUGCUGCUGGGGAAGAGUUCAUGACCUGGCACUUUUAACCACACAGGCAGGGUUGGCGCUGCCCCCUUUGUGUGGUCAGUGGGAGCAGGGCCUUGGAGCCCAUCCCCCCUCUCCUUGGAGCAGAGCUGUGCUGGGCUUGCCCCAAUUACUGGGCUAGUUGGGUAGAAAACAGGCAUUUCACUUUCUUGCAAAGCCAUCAGAGACCAAGCCCAGAUGUCAGCAUUCUUCUCUUUGGGACACAAGGAUGUUGGCCCUCCAGGAUGAAAAUUCCAGUAAGUCUUACUAAACUCUGGGUAACGGGUCAUACGUGUCCCCUCCUGUUCUCUCCUUCCUUUUCACCUCAGUUCAAUCCUGAGGGCUUGGCUUGCUCUGCAGGUUUGCUGUGAAUGCCCUUAGGGACUCUGCAAGCUGUGUCCUGGGGCUGCCUCAUCCAGAUACAGUAACAAGGUGGCAGGGAGUCAUUUCUCUGUUGUAACCUCUGGUUCCCCAGAAACUCAUUGCCAACAGGAAAGGCUGUGCCAAGGUGCCCGUCCAUGUGCUUUCUUACGCGGGCAGUGCCCGUGGGGCAAACUGCUGCGAGGAACAGCUUAGUAAAACCCAAAGAUCUCACAGCCCCAGCCACUGGCCCCCUUGCUUCCAGCAAUAUCCACCUGAUCCGAAUUCUAGUUCAGCCAAAGGAUUGAGAUAGGUUCUUUCAGUUCAUCUCCCGCCACCCAGCCUGGCGUUGACCGUCGGAAGGAUUUUGUCAUCUGCCUCCCAAUUCUGUGACCCCUGCAGGGCUCUCCACCGUAGACCCUUGGGGGCUGGAAGACAAGGACGUUGGGCCAUUUCUAUCAUACUGACAGCUGGAGGUGGUCAGUCACCUGCUGACUCGGACACCACUUGCCUCAAGCCGUGAGUUCCCAGGACGGAGAUGGCCUUUGUUUGGACACACGUGGGCCCCAGAGGGGAGGUGGAGAAAACAUACCUCUGAGGGCAGGUGGCUGCACCACCAAAGCCCAGGCCAAGGACCACGGCCUCGUGUGUGGUCCCUCGGAUUUGGAGUAGCCUGGAGGGGUCUCGGUGCCGUCCCUGUCGUCGUGACUGGAUGCUCUUGUCUCAGCCGUUCUCCCUUGCCUGUGCCUGGGUCACCCAGCCAGCCUCCCUCCGGAUGGUAGUUAGAAACCAGGAAAGAAAGCGGGACCACCUGAGCAGAGCUUUCCGCCCGCGCUUCACCUCGGGCUUCCCGGCACAGAAGGCCACCCGCCGCGUCCACGAGCGAGGAGGCUUCGCCACCGUUCCACUGACAGCCUCAUGCGUUGCGUUCGGGGAUUGGCUCUUGGCUGGGAAAAGGGUCCCAGGCUUCCCAGUGAGGAAAGGACAGUCCGGUGACACGGUGGAGAAGUCCCGGGUCUCCAGGACUCUAGCAGGGACGUUUUUUUUCACAGCAGGCCUGGUAGGCUGGCCAGUGUCCUCUCCUUCAGUUUGCUCCCCUAUCUCCCACACUUCCAGGAAACACCGGAGAAAAGCUCCGCAAGGCGUGUUUUCCACUGUGAAGCUGAUCCUCUGCCUCUAGGGGUCCCCCAGGCUUGCACGAGGCCACCUGCUUCCGCCUGGACUUGCACCAGGCUCCUUGGGAAGGGGGCACCUGGAGAGCCGUCAGGGAUCCAGCGCACACUCUCUGGGGACCGCAGGUUCACAAGAAAGGUUUGAAAUGACGCUGGGAUGCGAACGGAGAAGGGAGGUCCCGAGAGAAACAGCCCAGAAGGGGACGGUGCCUGGAAGUUGUCAUCAUCAUGGAUGUGCUUGCAGAGACAGGAAGAGGAGGUGCCCGGGGAUGGUGGGCAGCCUCCCCCUGCCCCACGGAGCCGGGGCGAGUUCAUAGCUUUGCCCUUGGGAACAGCGGUGAUGCCUGUGUCCCUGGGAUGUACCCAAAGGAGGGCUCCUGGAAAGGCUACUGGUUUAGACAGACCCAAGAGGCUAAGUAGGGCUCAGGCUGCCCCCUGGAGACAGUAGAUUGGGGCUCCUGUCUCGCCCCGUCGGCCCGGCCCCAGCCCCUCCAUCCGGCUGGGCAGUGGGCGGACUGGGAAGGGGCGUGCCCCUCUCUUCACUGUGGCUCAAGUUUGCUAGGCCAGUUAUGGUGAACCAAUGAUACAGUGUUUUCCCUCUUAUGUUUUCCUCCCCGUUGCCCCUUUCCAGGGUUUUCUGGAGGAUCUUGUUGUUUUCUUCCUCUGUCAUUGGGGUUUGGGGAUCGUGGUCGGUAGAGGCCUGCCUUUCCCUGAAGGGGCCCUGGGGUUUCCGUGCGAGGAGGCGCCUGCUCCCACUUUGAUGAGGGUGAAGAUCGCUGUUGGUUGUAUUCAGGCCCCCACUGCCGCCACCACGACGGGCGUUGCUUUGGUGAUUCACCUCCUGUACAGAGAAGGAUUUGCUAGGUUUGCAGGUGGGUGUCAGCAUCAGGACCACGAGGGCCCUACCCACCCACGCGUCCCAUGGGCACCUUGACUCUUCGAACCAAAGUUCCUUAAAGGGGCACAGCCCAGCCUUGUCCACAACCUCAGGGGCCUGGGGUCCCUGUGGCGCAUCCUGAAGUCCAGGUUGGCAGAGACCACGGGAGCUGAGACCAGCCAGGAGGGGGUCCUCCCACAACCCAGGUGCCAGCCGGUCCGCGCCUGGGACCCUCCUUCCCGCCCAGCCGGUGUGGCUGGGUGCCCAAGUGGCAAGCGACCUCAUGGACUGGAGUGGGGCUGAGACUUGCCAGCCAGGAGAGAGAGGGACCUGCGGGGCCGGAGGCUCAGACCCGCCGGGCAGCGCGUGCAGGGCCAUUCAGAUCCCAAGCAUCAGGAAAUCAUUUUGUACAACCACCUGAAGCAGAGAUAUUUUUUAAAAAGCGUAAAUUAUUCUCAGUUGUUUUCUGAUCCUGCCUUUUUCUUUUCCCCACAACUUCACGUCGGUGAUUCUUUCACAUCAGGUAAAUCUCGAGAAAGCCUUGGUGCCCCCUCCCUCCUGUGCCCCACUCAGUAACCCCGUGCGUGCACCACCCCAUCCUCUCUCAGUAGUUAAGACAUUCUAGGCAAUACCAUAGGCACAUCCGACUGUGUCUCUCUCUUCGAGUGCAAGAAACUCAAGUCAUCUUAAAAAAAAAACAAAAAAAUUUACAAAAAAACAAACACAAAAAAAUAUCUUUUUUAGGCCAGAGUUUUCUACAGGUAUUAAUGAAUAUUUUUCUUAAUCCUUAUAAGUUUUAUGUGUUUAAUAUUUCUUAAUACCGGUAGCAUUAAUUUAUACUUUUGUAGCAACACAAUAUUUUUAUAAACAGCCAGCGCUUGGCUCAAGUCUCCACAAGGGGUUUAUGCAGGGCCGUUGCGGGACCCCGUGUACCAUGUACUGUAUUUAAAAAAAAAGUUACCUAGUGUCACCCUUGCUGUGUUAAUUAACAAAAGACGUUUGCGGUCUCCUGUGUCGUCGGUGUGGGCCCAACAGCUCUCCAAGGAGUCAUUGCAUGGGGGUUGGAUUCUUGUGAUACGAAAACCCCCGAGACCAAACUUGAGGGUUUAUUUAGGGUUUUCUCUUUGUCCUCUGGGUUUUUCGUUUCCCUUUGUUUUGGUACCAUUUCUCCAUUUACAGCCAAAUCAGUUUCGUGAUGUUUAAAACUUUCACUGAUGUCAAAUGGAGGAAAGGAAAAGAAAAAAAAAAAAAAGAUUUUUACAAAGUAAUAAAAUUUAAAACUGAGCUGUUUCAAUGUUGCUGUUUUUACCUGUCUGUUCUUGUCCAAAAGUGGGACAUUCCCAGGGAGAAGAGGAAGGUUCCACUUGGUUCCUUAAAUCGCCAAAAGCCCCCACCCAGAAUUCAGCAUCCCCUACCCCUCGAAUCUUGCAACAUGAUUUCCCAGUUGGUUGAUGCCAAGGCAAGAAGACAUCCUUUGAAUGGUUAGAGAGGAUCAGUUGCUUAAAUGAUUUCAUGUCAGUGUUGUAUUUAUGGUUUUACAAUAAAACGACUUUUAGGAAGAUGGCA